GUGAUGGUUUAUGUCAAGACAGUAGGGUCAUAAAUUGACUUCAUUUGCUCGUAAUCCAUAAAUGUCCAAAAGAAAAAUAAUUUGAAAGGCUUGUCUGGUGCAGUAAGGAAUGAUAAUGCUCAUCUCAAAGAGGGUGCAGACAUGUUCCAAACACCGUGGUACUUUGUUUUGGUCUUGUGCGUUUCCAUGACGCUCGGACAAGCGGAAAAUGUAUACUACAUCAGAUCACAAAACUACCCAGCGUACACUUGGGGCUAUGAUGUCAAAGGCGAGGCCUACAUCAUGACGGGGCUCGGCCAGCGACUUUUCCGCAUCAUCACCCCGGGUCUCACGGAGCAACCAGGCACUAUUUCCUUUGAAUCCUACGACAAACCGGGCUACUUUUUACGUCACUAUGGGAGUGAAUUACACCUAGAGCAUUCAAGCCAACCGAGAAAUUCGCACAUCUUUGCUCAAGACUCGACUUUUUUCGUACGGGAAAAUAAAUGGUUUCCAGAGUACGCUGCAUACGAGUCUGUCAAUUAUCCUGGGUCCUUUAUCCGCCACAGUUCGUCCCGUCUGCGAAUCGAUAAGUCGGACGGUUCUGAUCUGUUUAAGAAGGAUUCCAGCUUCAUACUGACUACUGGGAGCGACCUGCCACAGCCUGGCAUUGUUGGAAAAUAACCACCUGGGAGUUGUCAUUAUGGUGGGGAUCCAAAUAAUCUGAAGAUUUCUGAGUAUGGCAUCUGACAACUGACAGUGGAUAUUCUCAAUUUUAAGUCAUCUUUCGGGUUCUGAUACACUUUGAUUAAUAACAUUAAUACAUACACAUCCAAACAUCACUCAAAAAGAAACCAUCACUCAAAAAAGAAAGAACACGUUAUUUCACUGGAAUUCACCAACAAUCUCCCAGUAACGUGUACAAACAUAAGAGUGUUUUCCUGUUAGUUUCAGAUACCACCUUCUUCACUCAGUUAAACUUGAUGUAAUUGCCCCAGCCUCAGACCUCCCUGGUCUGAGACAAUAUGUUUCUUCCUACAUGUAGGAGAUAAAUGUUGUGUAACCCAGGUUGGUUGCUGAUUUUGUAGGUGAACGAUGAAUAAAAUGAACACAGUAGCCAGCGUUGUAGUUUCCUUACUUCUUUAUUCUCCAUACACGGGCUACAGGCUACAGGCAGGAACAGCCUUAGGUACAUCUGUUUAUAACCCAGUCAGUGCGUUUUUGAAGGAAAUGAUUGAGUGAGUGAUAACUAACUGUAAAGACAUACAAUUUAAGCAGUUUAAUUAGUGAAACUUCUUUCUAAAACACCACAAACAAAAAUCGAAAGGGUGUCACGACUGGGUGGUGAGAACCAGCGUCUGUGGUGUCAGAUAUGUGAAGGAUCUCACGGAGAUAACACCAAAAUUACGACUUGGCAAUGACCUUCUGCAAGUAUGCCU